AUGUAAUAGUAGAAUGAAGAUGAUGGUAUACUUUAAUAGGUAUUUAAACUCAAUAUAUGUAGUUGAAACGCAUUUUAAGUUUUUAAUUCUUAAGUAGAAACUAUUUUCUAUUAAGAAAAUUUGAUCCUAAUACAGGUUGUAUAAGGCUUUAGUGUUUAGCCAAGGAAAAAAGCUUUAGACAAUAUAUAGAUUAUCCUUAUGGAAUAGAAACAAUAGCCAAUGUAUAAAUUUUAAAAUUCACAUUUAGAUAUUAAUCUAAUACAACUAUACUAAUUGGAUUUUUGAUCAAGCUUUCAAUGUCAUUAUACCAAUAUUUGCAAAAGAAAGAAAAUAAGUCUAAAUUUUAAUUAAAAAAAAUCAUGUUGAUGAGUUUAAGAACUUUUUACAAGAAUUAGAUCUUGCAAGAGAAUUUGAAGUUUAAGAAGCAGAAUACAUAGCAAAUAAGGAUAUGAUUAAGCUAUUUAUUAUUUUUGACAAUGAAGAUGAUGCAUAGAUUGGCUUUAGUAAAAUCUAAUAAUGUAAAGCAGCAGUAACAUUUAAAUAUAAAAUUUUAAGUUUUCAAUAUAAAAUGCAAAAAUGGAAGAAGUUGAUUAUUUUAAUAAAUUCCUUUAUAUUGUAUAAUCUAAACAAUAAUAAUUUUAAGAUUAUAGAAAUAAUAAUCCCAGAAACUAUGAAGAUCAUCAAAUUGAUGAAUAAUCAUUUUAAUAAUACUCAUAGCCUUAAUAAUAACAAUAAAAUCCAAAUUAAUAAUUUUAACAAUAGAAAUUUUAUGAAAAUGAGAAAUAAUUUUAAUAAGAUUAUUCUUCUGAUAUUGUAAGUUAAAGAUUGAAUCAAAUAAGAUCAAAUCAAAAAAUUGAAUUAAAUUAUGCUCCCUUGUAAGAAUAGCAAUCUAUGUUUUCAUUUGUACCUCUUAUUAGUCCUUCUUAAUAAUUUCCCAAUUCAGACGUUUAAGAAAUUUAACAAUAUAUUAAAUCACCGCAAGAAAAUACUGAAAAUGAUGAAGCAAAAUAAGCUGAAUAUAUAGAACCCUAAACCAAUGAAAUAUAAAUAACAAGAGAAACUGAAUCUAAUAAAGAAAAUUCUGUUGAAAGAAAUAUUAAGAAAAAGUUUUAAGAAGAAUUGUAUUAACAAAAAUCGCAUACCAUUCAUGGAUAUUAGAAAAAUGGAUAUGUAACAUUUAUUAAUAACUUAGUAGUAAAAACGAAGAUAUAAUUAUGACAAUAAUCAAAAUAGAUAUUAUAAUAACUCAAACCAUAGAAAACAAUAAUAUUAUUGCGAUUAUAGUAUUAUAUUAUUUUUACAAAUUUAGAUCGUUUAGAAGAUGAUUUAAGGGAAUUUACAGGGUUUAAGAAAUAUCAAUAAAAAUAGCAGAAAGAAUAUUAUGAAUUGAAAAAGGAAUAUUGA